UUUGGUUUGGGUCUGUAUCAGAGAAUGGAGUUUUGCUCUUCUUUUUUUUUUUUUUUUGUUUAUAGUACUAAAAGGUAAAUCCAAUGGCUUUAAACGAACGGUGCAUGAUUUGAAUUUUGGAGAUAUGUUGCAGUUUUUUUUUAAGUUUAAAAUUAUAAAAGAAAUAUUUCUUUUCUCUCUCUUGGUGGUCACUGAAACUAAUCACAGAAGAGACUUUGCUCUUUAAGACUGUAGAGAGAUUGCAAAUGGAAGGCAUCUUUAGCUAAUCCUGUAAUUGAAUCAUUCACGAUAGUGUGGAUUUGAGAUCAGAUUCAUUUACUGGCAAGGUGUUUUGAAUUUUGGUUGUGGACAUCAUGGGAAAGCCUGCAAGGUGGUUAAAGAGUGUAUUACUUGGAAAGAAACCUUCUAAAUCUAGUGGUUCUAAAGACAAGGAGAGAGUUGUGAAUGGAAAAGAGGUAGUGGUUAUUUCAAACGUUGAAGAAUCCGAUGUGGUUUCGGAUCUUCCAUCUUUUGGAAAUGGAACAGUUUAUACCAGUGGUAUGGUAGAGACGCAGAAUAUAAAAAAUGAAGAGGUGUCAGAGAACGAUAUACAACUUCCUGAGGUCCAACCAACAAAUGCUGCUUCUGUUCCUGAUGAUUCACUAUCCGAAUCAGACAAAAUUCAGCAAGAGAUCGCAGCAACAACUGUGCAGGCUGCCUUUAGAGGCUACUUGGCUCGGCGUGCUUUCUGGGCAUUAAAAGGUAUAAUAAGGCUACAAGCACUUAUCCGUGGUCACAUGGUUAGAAGGCAAGCUGUGUCGACUCUGUGCUGUGUUAUGGGAAUUGUCAGAUUGCAAGCACUUGCUCGAGGAAGAGAGAUCAGACAUUCUGAUAUUGGAGUUGAAGUUCGUAGGCAAUGCCAGUUAAAUCAUGAGCAUUUGGAGAAUAAACUCCCUGAUGACUCCGUUGUUGACACACAUACGUACCUGGGAAUCAAGAAGCUAACUGCCAAUGCUUUUGCUCAGAAGCUUCUAGCUUCAUCGCCAAACGUGAUGCCUGUGCACCUCGCCGAUGAUUCUUCCAAUUUAAUCUGGUUGGAGAACUGGUCAGCGUCUUGCUUCUGGAAACCAGUUCCUCAACCGAAGAAAGCAUCAGUCAGGAAAACUCAGAAGAAGUUUGCCAGCAAUUCUCAGAUAGUCGAGGGCGAGUUUGCUAGACAGAAGAAGAGUGUCCGCAAAGUCCCUGCUUCAAAUCUUGACAAUCCCUCGGCUGCACAGGCAUCAUUUGAGCUUGAGAAACCCAAACGCAGCUUCCGCAAAAUCUCAACGAGCCAAUCUGUAGAACUACCACCAGCAGCAGAAAAUCUUCAAGUUGAUCUAGAAAAAGUGAAACGUGGCUUGAGGAAAGUACAUAAUCCUGUAGUUGAGAACUCUAUCCAACCUCAACCGGUUCCACGGAAGGACAUUGAGAAGCCAACUCAUGCUUUAGAAGAACCUGUGAAUGACUUUGAUGAAGAGAAAAAGGAUGAAAAGGCUAAGACUGUGGUGGAACAGCCUGAUGAGUCAAUACACACACAUGAACCAUUGGAAACUAAUGAAGUUCUUGAUUCCACAUUGGUCAACCAAAUCGAAGAGAGCAAAGAAAAUGUAAUGGCUGAGGACAGGGAGGAUGCGAAAGAAGAGAGAACUCCCAAACAAAACAACAAGGAGAAUUCAGCUGGAAAGGAGAAUCAGAAAUCGGGGAAAAAGGGUUCUUCAGUUACUGCUACUCAAACCGCCGAGUGUCAAGAGAGUAAUAAUGGGAAUCAGACUAGUAGCCCGGGAAUACCGAGCUAUAUGCAAGCGACUAAAUCUGCCAAAGCAAAGCUGAGGUUACAAUCCUCUUCUUCCCCUAGGCAACAAGGGGCUGAGAAAGCCACUAGACGUUACUCGCUACCAUCUUCAGGUAAUAAUGCAAGAGUCACUUCUGAUUCUCCUAAACCAACAAGAGUCUCAAACUCGGGUGGCAAAACCGGAAAGAAGACGGAGAAACCUCUUCUUUCAUCCCGAGAAGGCAAUGGGAAGACAACUCCAGUAGAGUGGAAGAGAUGAUUGAUCAUCUGGUUAAAAAAAAAAAAAGAGUUGAGGCCUUUGUUGUCUCUCGCUCUACAAUAUUUUACCAUUUAUCUAUACAGUUAGAAUGUGUUUAUGUUUGUGUUUGUGUUGACUGUUGAGAUUGAGAAUGUACAUCAUAGGUUUGUUUGUUUUUGUGUGGCAAAAUCGUUUUCUGUUUUCAUCCUACAUUACUUUAUUACCUUAAAUAAACCAACUUUAGA